AUGAGACAAAAAUCUCAAACUGUUCAUGAGGGCGGAGAAAGAAAGUUAUAAGCAGUCGAUUAUGAUAAGUGUAUUUAUAAUUGUCUUUUGACUAAAAAGAAAUUUAUUGGAAGGGGCCUGAGAUACCUUUAUUUGUUUAAGAAUUAAAUUUGUAUAGGAAAGUCACCUUAUGUUCAGAUUCCUGAACGCCAAUUACGAAUCAGUUCAGAAUUAAGAAUUCAAUGGACUUAUACAAAAAAUAAAUUAAAAUCAGUAAUCUUUUAAGUAAGCGGCUAACAAUAUGAAUAUCAUGGAACAAAUGACUAGUUAAGAGAACUUAAAUAGAAAUGUGCAUUAUACGUUUUCCAAAUCAAGAUUUAGGAUGAAUACUAAGCUGAAUCAGUUUUAGGAAAAGGGUCUUAUGCAACAGUUCUCGAAUUAACUAAUUUAUAUACAAAUAAACAAUAUGCUGCUAAAUGUAUUGAUUAGCAACGUAUCAACGAAAAGAAAAAUGGUUACAAAUAAUUGCAAUAAGAAAUAGAAACUAUGAGAAUACUAUCUGAAAGAAAACAUGAUAACAUUUUACAAUUACAUGAGCUCUAUAUAGGAAAUUAAAAUUUUUAUUUAGUUAUGGAAAUGGCCAAAGGUGGCUCCCUAUUGACUCUUAUGAAAAAACGCUAAACUCUUUUCAGUAGAUCAGACAUUAAGUUGAUUAUGAAAUAACUCCUUGAAGGAUUGGAAUUUAUUCAUAAUCAUAAUAUAAUGCAUAGAGACUUAAAACCAGAAAAUAUAUUGUUUAUGAAUAAAGAUUUAGAAUCAUUAGUAAUAGCUGAUUUUGGCUUAGCAUAAUCAGUAGACUCUCAUCCCUAUACAUAUCCUAAAUGUGGUACCCCAGGGUUUGUGGCUCCAGAAAUCCUUGAGCAAGAUUCUGAAUUGGCAAGAUAUACUGUAUCUUGUGAUAUAUUUAGUGCAGGAGUCAUUUUAUAUGUGUUAUUAAUCGGGGAACCUUUGUUUGAAAAAAAGGAUAGGAAAGAACAAUUAGAAUUAAAUAGAAAAUGCGAAAUCAAUCUAAGUAAGUUUCCAUCUGAUUAAUUGGAUGAUCUUGAAAAGGAUUUAUUAAUGAAAAUGCUAUCAAAAAAUCCAGAAUUUAGAUGGUCAGCCAAUAAUCUGCUAAAACACAAAUUUUUCGUAUCUGAAGAUUCCAUAGAGAGUGAAGUAGAUUUCUACAAAUUAAAUAAUAUCGCUAUACUUAAGAAACACGCUAUGCCAACUUUCUCUAAAAAUCCUUUUAUAUAAUUUGGUAAAAAUAAUAGUCUAGUCAGAGAUAAUACUUAAACUAUUUCUCUAAGAUAAAGAAAUUGUACAUUAGUAAUGUAAACUAAUUUAAGAUUUGAUAAAUCUUCACAAGAACAAUUAAAUACUGAAUAAGUAAAUGGAAUGGGAUCUUUUAACCUAUACAAAGACGAAAUAAAUUAAACUAACCCUUGA